CUGCCAUGCCUGCCAGCCACUGCUGCACACAUCUCCUGUGCCACCCCCGGCCCUGCGGCCCAAGGAGUCGGCGCUUCCUCCUGACAACGUGAACACAAAGCUCUUCCUUUUGAAAUCUCACCUGUCCCCUGCAUUAUUUACUGUUCAUAAACAGUUGCCAAGGAAAAUAAUUCUUUGCUUUCUCAGUCCUGAGUCACUGAUACCAGGCUAUCAAUUCAUUUCUACAUAAAUGCUUCACUUAAACUUUUGAUCUACUGCUCAUAAUACAGUUUGCCACCCCCCAUCCACCCUAAAAACCACACCCAUGCUCCUGGAUGUCCAUUAAUUAAAGAGGAGUAAACUUCAAUCGACAAAUCCAAUGAUAUAAUUGAGCCAAGACAUAGGAAAAUCAUUUUUCUUGCUUUUCAAAAUAACUUAGAAAUAGAAGUAUAUUGAUUUUGAAGAGAUUCCGGCUCAAAGCUUCUAACCUUUUAGAGCUAUAUUUGCUCUUUAGAUGUAUAUUACAAAAGGCACAAAGCACAAAAGCAGCUGGCAGACAUUUCUGUGCUAGGCUUUCACGUCCAACCGCACCAGACUUAACAGUAACACAACUGCAAUUGCAAAGCAAGAUUUUGUGAAUUCGCGCAGUAUCAACCUAACUGUUCUAGGAGCCCUGGAACAGGGCAGGAGGGGAGAACCACAGUUUGAUUGAUUGGCCAGAAUUCAUCACUUUAGAAUUUGAUCACACGUGGAUCAUAAAGGCUGAAGGCAGACGUGCUACUGGAGCACGUGGCUGAGAGAACCACGAGAGAGCCACGGGCAGCCCCCAGUCUGAUGGCUGCAUCUUCUCCCCCCGCCCCUGAAGAGGUGUCUCAGAAGUCUCUGUCUGUGUGAGCACAAAAAGGAGCUGUCACUGCUGAAAAAGUACUUUGUAACCCUCAACAGUACUGCAGAUCUUUCCCUCACUUUGGCAAACUAUUUAGAAGAAACAAUGGUUAUUUUUCAGCUUGAAAGUAUAAGCUGUUGGUGUACAAUUCCAUUGUAAUAGGAAUAUUGGUUUCAGCAUGAGCUGCAAACAUUCCAGUGACUAAAGGCACAGGGCAGAAAACAACCACAAAUUAUCUUCAGUACAGUCAAGAAUAUUUCGUUGUGGUUUUGCUGACGGACCUGCAGAUCGCUGCUCGUCCGCGUGCCUCCUCACACACACCUGCUGAUCACUUCUCUAACUUCUUAUUUAACAUCCAGAGAACGCUAAUCUGCCAGAGGUUUGUACCAGAAAAGUAUUGUGAACACAUUUUUGACACGCAUGCUGGGAAGUAUAAUAUGAAAGGGAUCAUUCUACUUACUUAAGCAUAAUUCUAUAAUAAUAGCCCCAAACCAAGAAAGUGAUGAAUAUGUAAUGACAAAAAAAUUAUUUAAGAUGGAUUUAAAUGUGAAAAGAAAUUUGCGCUCUAUUGCACAUGACAAAACAUUAUCAUGAUGUCUUAGCCCUGCUCCACCCAUUUCUCCUCACACAGCAAACACCCGGAGGGUGCCAGAUUUCUGCUCCCAUGGGCAAUUUGGAUUUGCACGUAUCAUUUAGUUUGGUCCGGAUUUACUAAACUGCUUCUCUCCUCCCUAAAUUCAGAAGAGAGGGAGAGAGAGAGAAAGAAUUAAGGGCUUUGUUAGGAGGCGGGAAUUACCGCUGCACACCACGACGCUCCCUAUAUAAAGCUAUCGCCGUUCCCCGAUCUGCCCUGCUCUGCGCCGUGCUUGGCCGAACAGCACAGCUCUCUGGAGCACCAUGGCCCUCUCUGUGCGCACCAGCGGGGGAUCCCGGCAGUUCUCCUCUCGAAGCGGCCUCGGCGGGGGAUCUCUGAGGAUGUCCGGCGCCAGCACUGGAGGGGGCUUCAGCAGCGGCGGCCUUGGGUUUGGCGGUGGAUCUGCCGGAGGGUUCGGUGCCGCUUCUCUGCUUGGCUCUGGCUCUGGCUUCGGCGGGGGCUUUGGGAGCAGCGUAGGCAGCGGCUUUGGUGGAAGCUUCGCUAGCAGCUCAGGAGGCAGCUAUGGAGGUGGCUCAGGCAGCGGUUUUGGUGGAGGUUUAGGAAGCGGUUUUGGUGGAGGCUUAGGAAGCGGUUUGGGGAGCGGUGCAGGCAGCAUUUUUGGAGGUGGCUUUGGCAGCGGCACAUCUGCUGGUUUUGGAGGUGGUUUUGGCACUGGUGGUGGUGGGGAUGGCGGCCUUCUUUCUGGCUCUAAAAAAGAAACGAUGCAGAACCUCAACGACCGACUGGCCGCUUAUCUGGACAAAGUACGAUCCCUGGAGGAUGCCAACACAGAGCUGGAACGCAAAAUCCGAGAGUGGUACGAGAAAAAUGGGCCAGGAGCUGCUGUACCUGGAUCCGGGAACGACUACAGUAAAUAUUACCCAAUAAUUGAAGAUCUUCGAAACAAGAUCAUUAAUGCCACUAUCGACAACGCAAGAAUCAUUCUGCAGAUUGAUAACGCCAGACUGGCUGCUGAUGACUUCAGACUGAAAUAUGAGAAUGAAGUGGCUCUUCGCCAGAGCGUGGAGGCUGACAUCAACGGUCUGCGCAGAGUUCUGGAUGAGCUGACCUUGACAAGAGCUGAUUUGGAGAUGCAGAUUGAAAGCCUGAAUGAAGAACUGGCUUAUCUCAAGAAGAAUCAUGAAGAGGAGCUCCAGAGUUUCCAGAGCAGUGCAGUUGGCCAAGUCAGCGUUGAAAUGGAUGCUGCCCCAGGAAUUGACCUCACCAAGCUUCUGAAUGACAUGAGGGGACAGUACGAAGUCAUUGCUGAGCAAAACCGUAAAGAGGCUGAAGCGUGGUUCAAUGAAAAGAGUGGGGAGCUGAAAAGGGAAAUCUCCACCAACACCGAGCAGCUUCAGUCAGGAAAAAGUGAGAUCACUGAUCUGAAACGGACUCUUCAGAACUUGGAAAUUGAGCUGCAAUCUCAGCUUGCCAUGAAAAAAUCCCUUGAAGACACGUUGGCAGAAACGGAAGGAGGUUACUGCGCUCAGCUUUCACAAAUACAGCUUCAGAUCGGGAACCUGGAGUCUCAGCUGCUCCAGGUCAGGGCUGACAUGGAACGCCAGAACGCGGAGUACCAGCAACUUCUAGACAUCAAGUCUCGCCUGGAAAUGGAGAUCGAAACCUACCGCCGCUUGCUGGAUGGCGAGUUCGUGAGCGGCGGGCAGGGAGUUGUAUUUGAAAGCUCAUCUUUGACGGGGUCGAAAUCACAAACACAGUCACUGGAUUCUUCCCAGGAUCCAACCAAAACUAGAAAGAUCAAGACAAUCGUCGAGGAAGUGGUAGAUGGAAAAGUUGUUGCAUCCCAUGUGAAGGAAGUUGAAGAGAAGAUAUAAGGCACAAUCUGAGAUCGCAAAGGAUCCACGCUUUCCAAGUUUCUUUCAAAGCAGAAUUACAAAUAAGUUCAUUCUUUUGUAUGAAGUAAAAAACAAAUAGAUUGGCUUUUUGCUAAGAUUCUUUUAUAUCAAGCAGAACACACGUUUUCAUUCCUAGCAGCCACGCAAUACACCUUCUAUUCCAGUCUGCUGGUAUUACCUGCAUUAUUUUCAUGAUGUUCUUUAACUCUAUCAUCAAUUCUUCUAUCAUCAAACUCUAUCAUCAAUUCAUCAAUCAAAUCUUGUGCACGCAUUCAAUCAGAUGCACUUUUCUGUAUUUUUGAGUAAUUCAUAGAUAAAACAUUUUUGCUAUUCUAACCUAUUUUUCCAGAUUUCUUGACUAAUAAAAAAGGACUCAGCAAGCUUUAA